ACCGGAUUCGGAGCGACAAGCAUGCAGCGAGCGGUGCUAUGCGCGGCGAUGGCCUUCCUCGCGCUCUCGGACGCGUCUUCCAGCGGCCACAAGAAGGGCUGCAAGCAUGACCACAAGGUCUGCGCCGACGGCUCGCGCGUCUACCGCAAUGUCUACUACGACUGCGACUUUAACUUGUGCCCGGAAGAAAUGACUGACGAGCAAGCACCGACGACGCCGCCGGUCGCUGCCGCCAACGCCACCGUUGCCAAUGCAACAGCGCCUACGGUUGCGGCUACGACGGUCCCGCCCACACCUGCGCCCACGACGCGCCGGCGGCACUCGCACAAUGACGAGGACGACGACGAUGAGGACGACGACGAUGGUGAAGACGAAGACGAGGUGGACGCGCGCCAAGCCCUGGUAACAAUCAAGCCGACAGCUGUGGCAACGGUUGCACCGACCCUGCCCGCGACGCUGCCGACGGCGACGGUGCAGCCGACGACAGCCCCGACGACGGUGCCGGCGUCUGCUUUGUACGACGUCAACAGCACGGCCAACGGUACUACGGUCGAGUGGAUCUCGAUUAACAAGGUGGCUUUGCCCAAGCCCGUGGGCGCGUCGGUGGCCCGCGCAUUUGCCGCCUACAACCUCCCGAGCGUGUGCUCCACCUUUGACUUGAACUACACGUCGAUCGAGAUGCAUGGCAACGACUCGCGCUAUCACAUUGCGCUGGGCGCGCGCUGCGUCCUCAACAGUGUGCUGCAGAUCGAAGGCUCGUUCCAGGUCUGCGUCUUUCAGAGCCCGACGAACGCGAUCGACCCUUACCACGUGAGCAGCUGCAGCUUUGUCGGGUCCGACAAUGUGCCCGUCAACUACCUCGCGGUCGCCGAAGCCAACGAAGGCGUGUGCCAAACGCCGGCGCAGAAGCGCGCCUUUGACGACCAGCCGCUGCAGUACUCGGUGCCUGCCAAGGUCGCGAGCGUCGCCAGCUUUGACGUCACGGUGCAGCACCUCGUCCAGGACAACGCGGGUCUCGCAGCGGCCGCCGGCGUCGCAGCCGUUGUGUGUGUCGUCGCCGUCAUUGCGGUCGUGCGACGCCGACGCCGCGGACCGGGGUCCCAACGUCUCGGGUCCGACGCCCCGGACGCUCCCUCGGCCGUCGACGACGUGCCAGCGACGACGACGAGCCAGGUCGAAGGCACGUUUGAUGUUACGGCGCAGAGCAAGGUCUAGCCCAAACCAAUUUUACAUAUAGAUGUUCCCAACUUGAAAGUGUUGCGACCUGAG